UUGUAGUCGGGAAGCAGCGGAAGCGGAGUAGGGCCACCUCAUCGCCUCACACCGUCGUGGCAGCGGGAGAGCAUGGAGGGCGGCGAGGGGGGCCCGAGCGGAGCGCACACGCUGUGCCUCUUCGACGUGGACGGCACCCUGACUGCGCCCCGCCAGAAAAUCGCCCCGGAAAUGGCCAGUUUCCUACAGGCUUUGCGGAAGAAGGUAAAAGUGGGUGUCGUGGGUGGCUCGGACUUUGGAAAAAUCCAGGAGCAGCUUGGCGAAGACGUGGUUGAAAAAUUUGAUUACGUCUUCCCUGAAAAUGGCUUGGUGGCCUACAAAGAAGGAAAACUGGUGGAGAAGCAGAGUAUUCAAAGCCACCUGGGUGAAGAGCUGCUGCAAGAGCUGAUCAAUUAUUGCCUGAGCUACAUUGCGAAAAUCAAGCUGCCAAGGAAACGGGGCACUUUUAUUGAAUUCCGAAAUGGGAUGUUGAACGUGUCUCCUGUGGGCAGAAGCUGCAGCCAGGAGGAACGCAUAGAGUUCUAUGAGCUUGAUAAGAAGGAGCAUAUAAGAGAGAAAUUUGUUGCUGAUCUGCAGAGAGACUUCGCAGGAAAAGGCCUCACGUUCUCGAUAGGGGGCCAGAUAAGCUUUGACGUAUUCCCGGACGGCUGGGAUAAGCGGUAUUGCUUGGGGAUUGUUGGCAACGGCAGUUUCAAAACAAUCCACUUUUUUGGAGAUAAGACCAUGCCUGGAGGGAACGACUAUGAAAUUUACAUGGAUCCCAGAACUGUUGGUCACAGCGUCACAGCACCCAAUCAGACGAGGCAGAUCUGCGAAGGACUCUUCUUUAAUUAAAACAAGGGACUUGUUUUGGACCAGAACACCCACAGCCAGUUCUGGCACAUUUCAAAGAAAACGGGUUUGCCAGAGAGGAAACAAGGGUUGCUCAAAAAGGGUCGCAGAAGCCUGGCUCUGUUCAGCUUCACACAGGCAGGUGAUUCAUGCCGUUUCUACAGGUACAUUUCUCUGCCUCUCCCCCUUAACACUGAAAACCACUUUUCUUUCUGUUAUUUCCACCACCACAUUCUUCCGUGUUGUGAUGUUAUUGCAUUAUUUGCCUUUGCUUACAUCACUGGAUACCAUUGGCUAGCUAGUGCUGAUGAGGUCACAAUACGAAAUGGGGAGAUCCUGAAAUGGGAGGGAGUCUGUGUGGGGUUGCCAUUUUUGGCGAUAGCCGUGUGUGGCAUCCAUUUGCUUCAGUGCGAAAGCUGCAUGUGUACAUACAUGUCUAACAAUGUAAAUCAAGCCUGUGACUGUGUUUUCAUGGAAAUUCAUAGGAGUCCGCCUGCAGCUGAAGGAUCACGAUUGGCACCGUGUGGGCAAAGCUAGGAAAAGCCCUGAGCCUGGUUUAAGCAGAGGACUGGAUCCAGACAAUUUCCUUCUGCUGCUAGACGAGGGCACUCGUUCCCCCUUCACUGUCUCCCCACCCUCAACUACAUGGCUGUUACUCAAUGCAGGUAUUGCAACCCUGAGAACUGACUUUCUCCAGUCUAGAUAGGGUGCAAAGUUAGAAAGCAGAUCACUGGAUCCAGUCCACAGUUGGUCCUGUUCCCCUGGCAAGCUCUUCCACCAUUAUCCAGAACGUUCCCUGGAUCAGUUGAAGAGAGAGUGGGGGAGGUCUGCAUUCCUACUCCUUCUCUUCUUUAUAGGCAGUUAAGAGAAAAAGAUUUUCUUCCUGCAGACUGGGAAAAAUGUAGGUGUGUAUCUGAUAUGGAAAUAACGGAAAUUGUCAAGCAUUGCAUCUGUGAGUGGGGAAAAAUAAAUUAUUUUUGCUGCUUUA